ACACAAUGGAGCUAUUUCUUUGUGCCUAUGCAGAGAAUGUUGGACUGCAGCGAGUCACGAGAACUUCUGCAGCAGAAUGUCACUGCAGUUUCUCGUAACAAUCAAUGGUGCUGCAUCUGCUGUGGCGUGGAUCACAGUGACAGGUUGCUUGAUGAUCCAUGGCUUGGCUUUGGUCAGGAGGAGCAACUUCUGACAAUACCAUUGUACUGUGUGCAACUCCCAAGCUUUUUGAAAAGGCUCUGAUGAUCUCUGGGUCUCUGUGGGUGGGCAGGGGUUCCCCAAACAGGGGCCUGCAUUUUAAGUCCUGGGAAAUCCAUUAUCAUCUUCGAUCCCAGCCUGCUGAUGUGAGGCUCAGUUGGCCAGAUGUCCAGUCUGAUGGCAGGCCUUCUCUGCCGUGGUCUUGGUUUCUCUUGGAUUAUGGAAGUCAGGGAGUCAGGGGUCCUUCUCUGGCCAGAUAAGCGGCUUGUCAUGAGCAAGCCCACCAAGUGAUGUCUGAGAACUGGAGACCAACCCCCAAAAGACCCAUGUUCACAAAAAUACCAUGACUGGCCAUAAUUAACUACUGAGAAUUGCUUCGUCCAACUCAACAUUGAUGUUUACAACACUGGCUGCAUCUCGGCUCAGCCAGCACUGGUCUGAGCAGCUCCUGUUGGACGUGGGCCUGGGCCAUCUCGAGUCUUUAAACUUGAAUUCCUCAGCAGCUUCAGCUGCAGCCCUGUGGAAAGGGGCUGGAGGCUGGUGAAGCCCAAAGAGGGGAGGGGUCACAUAGGAAUUGGGCCGAGCCUUCCCUCAUCUGGGGACUGGUCCCUGCAGGGCUGUGACCCCCCCUUCCUCCUCGUGGUUCUGAAGCACCCCUCCCCCACUCCCUCCACCCUCCUUCUAACCUGGGUCUGGCUCUCUCCCAGAGCUGGGAGAAAGCAGGCGGGACGGUGGUUGGGCAGUGGUGACAGCAGUGCUGGCCUGUCCUCCUCAGCCUUCCAUACGCCCCCGGCAGGGCAGUGCUGUGGCCACAAGGCCCUGGCACAGAGAGAGUUACAGCUGGGGCCCCUCCCGGUCUCCAGGGCCCUGUCCCCUAGCAACAGCCCUGCCCGGCAGGACGCACUGCCAGCGCUGGGCAGAGCAGGCAGGAGGCAGGCAGAGAGGCCACCCGGACUCCAGGACAGAUCAAGGCAGCCAGUCCGUAGCCUGGUGGCUGAGUCGGAGCCCCCCCUCAGAUCUCUCGCCCAUCCAGCCACCCAGAGAGCCCGGAGCCAGCAUGGAUGCUGUGGACACCACCAUGGAGAAGCUCCGAGCCCAGUGUCUGUCGCGAGGGGCCUCGGGCAUCCAGGGUGUGGCCAGAUUUUUCCGCCGCCUGGACCGGGAUGGAAGCCACUCCCUGGAUGUGGGGGAGCUCCAGCGGGGCCUGGCUGAGCUGGGGCUGGUGCUAGAUGCAGCUGAGACGGAGGGCGUGUGCAGGCGCUGGGACCGCGACGGCAGCGGGACGUUGGACCUGGAGGAGUUCCUGCGAGCGCUGCGGGUGAGCUGGGGGUGCCGCACUCUCCUGGGCCCAUCGCUGUCGGUGUGGAGACCAAGGGGAGCCUCUGUGCUUCGUACCCCCCAGUUACCACAACACCCUCCCCAGCCCCCCAUGUCCCAGGCCCGGGAGGCGGUCAUCGCAGCGGCGUUUGCCAAGCUAGACCGCAGUGGUGAUGGCGUGGUGACCGUGGACGAUCUCCGGGGGGUAUACAGUGGCCGCGCUCACCCAAAGGUGCGGAGCGGGGAGUGGACUGAAGAGCAGGUGCUCCGCCGUUUCCUGGACAACUUCGACUCCUCUGAGAAGGACGGGCAGGUGGGUGCAUGCAUACUCCGGUCCCUCGCCCACACCUUCAGACGCCCCCAACCGCCUGUCUGCCCCCAGGUCACACUGGCGGAGUUCCAGGACUACUACAGUGGUGUGAGCGCCUCCAUGGAUACAGAUGAGGAGUUUGUGGCCAUGAUGACCAGCGCCUGGCGGCUGUGAGCCGUGCACCCCCAUGCAGCUGGCACCCUGGAGCCAAGGCCUCUCUCAUCUGGGCUUGGAGCUGAGCAGCCCUGGGGUGGGGGUGGGGAGGAGUGUGGGGGGACUGAAGCCACAGAACCCACUGUACUGCUUGGCUACCAGUUCCCCUGAUGACUCACUGGCUCAGGACCCCAGGGGGAAAGGCCCCUUGCCCACAUCGUGCUGAUCCCAAAGCUCCUCACAUCCCUGCUCAGCGAACCCUGCCUGCCAGCACCCCUACCCCUCCCUGUGGGUCCCCAGGGAAGCCAGGCCGCACCUGGCGGGGAAGCGGACAGCUCUUGUGUGAAGCUGGCCACUGUGAGUCUUGGAAGGCGGCCAUGGGUCACCUGCCCAGGUGUGCAGUGUGGGGCAGAGGCCGCCACCCUGCAGGCAGGCCAGGCUGCUUCCUGGUCAGGUUGUCCGGCUUCCUGAGGCCCCUGGGGCACGCAGGAGGCCAGUGUUUUAGUUAAAAGUUUUAAUGUAGUUCCCAAAUACAUUUCAUAUGACAAUCUUACAUAAAUGUUUCAAAACA